AUCAUUCUGGGAGGGAUGAUAUUAGGAGAGGGUUUGCUGGUAUCACAGUUUCUGAGAAGGUGCCUUACUAUUGUUUGACCAUGGUUGGGAUUGUUCCCAAGAAGGAUGCCCCAGGAGUGGAUUUUUGUGGUGUUGAUCAAUAUUACUACAUUGUUCGAUCUGACCUUGGCUGCUACAUGCGGGCUUCAAACUUCAACAAGGGUGAAGGUUUAGUGGUCUACAGUCUGCAUCCCUCUUGUAGAAAUGGAGACCAUUACCUGGCAUAUGAAGAUGAUCUAUUCUAUAUCAUUAAGGGCACAAAUUAUCGCCGUGUGAAAAACAUGAACACAGAUGAAGGUGCUGUAGUCUACUCUCUACAUCCCAGCUGCCGGGGUGGUGAUCACUAUCUCUCUGCCUUCGGUCACAUGUACAUCAUCGACCAGAGUCGAGGGGUUUAUCGUAAAACUAGAAAUAUGAACACAUACGAGAGUGGUGUGGAAUACACACUGCAUCCCAACUGCAGGAAUGGGCUCUACUACUUUGGUGUCAGAAACUACUAUUACUUUCUGAAGCCUCAUGAUGAAUGGGGGGUUCAGUAUUACAGAUGCACAAACUUCAACAAGAAUGAGAAUGGGGAGUCCUUUUCCAUACAUCCCACUGUCACAAACUUCCUCCCUGGGGGCUUAGCCAUUAUGCAGGGUCCCUCAUUUGGUGUCUGGGAGUGCAUCAAAACCAUCACCAAUGACUCGCAGUCUCCGAUCACCUGGACAAACAAGAUCAACAAGAAGGUUGGCUAUACAAAGGAGAAGAUGUCCUCCAUAGAACAUACAUGGAACGUGUCAGCCACAGUGUCUGCUGAGACGGGAGGUCUGAGUGCCCUUGUUGUAAAGAGCCAGUUCUCUCUCACUACUUCAUAUGGGGGGAAGAGUGUUAACACAGACAGAGAGAACUGGAAUGAGGUAACGGAAACUGAGGAAACCAUAAGCCUGACCGUGAAGGCCAAUGAGAAGAUCUAUGUUUGGCAGUACAAACUGGGUCUAGGUAAAGAAGCUGUACUGUUCUGCAGGGAUAUGAAGUUUGAUGAUGAUCCAAAACCACCAACUGAGAAUCCUCUACCACCAGCUAACUAGUUAACAAGGCAUGCACUGUUACAAUGUUUUUGCUUUCAGGUUCUAAACUGACCUACGGACUGUUACUAUUUACUGGUAACUCUCGUCUUGUAACCUACAAAAGUAUCUGCAUAACCCCAUUUGUAUCAUGGUGUGACUGUGUAGCUUGUCUGACAUUAGAAUAUGUUAGGGUGGAAAACCUGUCUAGGCUGAUCAAGAUGAUCUCUGUGAUAUGGAAAUUGCU